AUGGCGUUCUCUGGAGCCCUGACGCUCACCGAUCUCAAUGACUUCAUUACGCCCUCGCUAGCCUGCAUCAAGCCCGUAGAGCAGACCAACAAACCGGAGCCCCAGGAUGCUGGUGCCGCCGCCACCGAAAUCCAGGUCGACUCGAGCGGGUUAUACUACGAGGUGUCCGCAACUAGCAAACAGACCGCAACACAGACAGGGAAGGAUACCAAGCAGAAGCUUGCAACUGCGGAGAUUAGCUUGAAUGACUGUCUGGCAUGCAGUGGGUGUAUCACGUCCGCGGAGUCCGUCCUCAUCACCAUGCAAUCCCACACCGAGGUCUUGAACUUCUUGGAAAAUAAUCCCCCUUCUACGUCUCAGGAUCACAAGGUCCCAGUCAUCUCCAUUGCCCCCCAAUGCCUCGCGUCACUUGCUGCUUCCAUCUCCUCCACCUCUUCGCAAACUUUGAGCCUCCUGCAGGUCCUCCGGCGUGUAACUGCAUUCUGCCAGUCCGCCCUUGGUUUCGCCCACGUGUAUGACACCACAUUCGCGCGGCACAUCUCUCUGCUUGAGCACGCGAAAGAAUUCGCAGAGCGCAAGAAGGGAGAUGGGAAGCUCCCGAUGCUCGCAAGCGCAUGCCCUGGCUGGGUGUGCUACGCGGAGAAGACGCACUCCGAGAUGCUGCCGUAUAUCUCACAGACAAAGAGUCCGCAACAGGUCAUGGGUACUCUCGUCAAGGAGUGGCUAGGCGCGAAAUGGGGCAAGCAGCCCGAUCAGAUAUACCACGUCACAGUGAUGCCGUGCUACGAUAAGAAGCUUGAAGCAUCGCGGCAGGACUUCUACAGCGAGGUGUAUUCGACGCGCGACGUGGACUGCGUUAUUACCACCGGGGAGCUCCAGCUCCUGAUGCAGGACAAGGGUUGGGAACUCUCAAUGCCGGUGCCCGACGAGAAUCUGCCUCCGCGCCCCCAUCCCACUGCCAUCGAUGCCGCCAUGAACGCCACGAACACGGGUGCAGACCACGGCCUCCCGGAGCUCCUCAUGCAUCCCGGAACGAGCUCGGGCUCGUACAUGCACUCGCUCAUUUCCACGCUCACCUCAACCGCGGCCGACCCAUCCGUGCUCGAGCUCUCGACGAAGACGGUCCGGACCGCGGAUUACGAAGAGUACACGCUCACGGAUCGAUCUACCGGCGCCGUCGUAUUCCGAGGCGCGAAGUGCUAUGGGUUCCGAAACCUGCAGAACGUCGUGCGCAAGGUCGGCCGGGAAGCCGGCGUGCAGGUCGGCCGAGGGGCGGCAGGACGAAUGGCGGGGCUUCGCGCGCGAGGACGUGCGGUGCGUAGAGGCGGCACCGCUGGGACGGAAGGCGCUCCUCAGGAAGAGCGAGGAUACGAUUACGUCGAGGUCAUGGCCUGCCCCGGAGGCUGCGUCAACGGCGGCGGACAACUGCGCCCAGUGCACCAGGCGUCGAAGACCACGACCGACGCGGAGGGCCUGCCACGCGACUGGGCAGCCAGCGGGGUCCAGAUGGACAUCGACGAGCCGCUGCCUGCUGUUCCAGUCGCGCCCAAGUGGGGUGACCGGGAAUGGACGCGGAAAGUGGAAACUGCGUACUGGCACACGCUCCCGACACCGCCGCCGACGCCACCUGCCGAGGGCUUCUCAUCGUCGUUCGGCUCGAAGACCGGAUCUGUUUUUGACAAUGCGGACGAGCUGGCCGGGCGGGUGUUGGUGGAGAUCACCGGCGCGGCACCAUCAUCGGAGGGGAGGACUGCGUGGGCGUCGAUUCUGGACGUGGCGGCGGAGGAGCGUCGACGGACGCUAUUCAGGACGCAGUAUCGCGCUGUGGAGAGCGAGGUCGUCGGGCUUGCGGUCAAGUGGUGA